AUGAUCCCACGCUACGAAGAUAUGCUUGAGAUGCAGGCGCUAAGUUUUGACUGGGCACGCAGUUAUGAUACCAAGGAUUGGGGCUUGCUAGCCUCCACCUUGACCUCCGAACUGCAGAUCGAUUUCAGUGAGGUGACCGGGUCCAAAUGGGAAGCCAUGAGCAGAGACGAAUUCAUAGCCAUGAUCAGCGACCGGACGCUUCUUGGGAACGAACUCAUCAGUACGCAUCACUUGCUGGGAGCCAGCAAAUACGAAAUGCGGUCCGAAACAUCUGCCAUCGGUCUUCACCAGAUUCGUGCGGCCCAUCAACGCUACACAGAUCUGGACGACAACACGGUGGUCGCAAAGGGGCACGGUCACGGCUUGAUACAGCAUCAAUACCUCAAGACCUUGAAAGGCUGGCGAAUCUCGGGCAUACGACCGACAGUGUACUGGAACGAGCACGACUUUGAUCGGAUUUUUGUCCGGUCCGCGGCCAACCAUGACUAA